AUGAGGUGUUCAAGUCUCUGCCGUACAUGGUUAUCGGAUAAAAAAAGGAUAGCAGAAAGUUUCGGCUCAUGAAACUAUCAGAAUGAAUGGGACAACAUACUCCAACUUUGACAAUCAAGAACACGUCUUGAAAUUAGGAGAGACGUUUGAGAAACACCCUAAAAGUGGCUACCAUACGGUGCGAUAUGACUUCAAGCCAGCCUCCAUCGAUACAUCAUGUGAAGGAGAGCUUGAAGUGGGCAAAGGAGAGCAAGUCACUAUUACUUUACCCAAUUUAGAGGGAUCAAGUGCUCCAGUGACGGUCUUCAAGGGGUCCAAGAGGCCGUAUAUGAAAGAAUGCAUCCUCAUUGUGAACCAUGACACAGGAGAGUACAGACUGGAGAAACUCAACAGCAAUAUAGCUGUGAAGAAGACCAGGGCUGAGGGCAGCAGUAAGAUCCAAGCUCGCAUGGAGCAGCAGACCAGUCGCCUGAAGGAGCAGCCGAAGAGCAGCAGCAGCAGCGGCAGCAGCAGCAGCAACAAAACCUCCACCAGCUCCAAGAGUUCUCCUCCCAAAGAGAAGACCUCCCCGGCGUCUCCCAUGGACGACAUCGAGAGAGAGUUGAUGGCGGAGGUGCGGGUCAUGGACCAGCUGAGCAGCGGCGACAGCUCCUCAGACUCCAACAGCUCCUCGUCCUCCAGCAGCGACGACAGCUCCAGCAACAGCGACUCUGAUGACGAGCGGACUUCUGCAGCACCUCCCCCCCCGGCUCCAGUUAACCCCAGCAUGCCCAGUAUGCCCAGUAUGCCCAGUAUGCCCAGUAUGCCCAGCAUGCCCAGUAUGCCCAGUAUGCCCAUCAUCUCCACCAGCACCACCAACAACAGUCGCCCACAGGAGAGUGGAGGAGGACUCAUUAACACUCUCAAGAGUGACCUCCAGCUGAGUGAAUCCGGCAGUGAGAGUGACUGAACGACAUGAGGACGUGUUUGGACAUCAGUAGGAUCUUCAGUGAGGAGUGAAGGAACAGGGAACAGGCCUGUCAGUGUCUUACUCCCUUUAAUACGGGACUCUGUCCUUGACAUAUUCACAUUUCUGCUAGCAAAUAUCAUUUGUUGCUUCUCCGCCAACAAACUUCUAUUUUUACGUCACAUUUUUUGCUUUGUGAUCUUUUUUUUUCUGGUGUGAAAACUGUAUGUUACAAGGAUGCCUUAUUUCAGAGUGGCAUGAUGGGAUUGGUGUAAGAGAAGCAGACGUAAAUAACAAACCAUCUGAAGUGUUUCAUCUCACUGGGUGCACAUUAAGCAUAUCAGAGGCAGAAAGACAGCGGUGGUUACAGUAUGUCGUGCAGAUGGAUAUUUUUCCCCAUCAAUCAGUCCCUAACCACCUCUGGAGUUCCUGCAUUUCAGCUUUUAGCAAUAUUAGGAUAGUUUGUCGUGCCUUAGGUCAGAUUUCUGUAGAUAGCUUCAGUUUAGCUGCAUUCGUUUCUGAUAGGAAACAUUAAUCCGUGACAGCCCGUCGGCAGUCGGAGAGCGCAGACCUCUGACCAGGCCAAAAUUAAAAAUCAUGUACAGUAGUUUUUCUGUAAUAAUGCUAAAAAAACAAACCGAAUUGAAAACAUCACACAUAUAAAUGGAGGUAGUAAUUAUUCAUCAUAUUUAUCUUCUACUUUUGUCCUUUAGAGUUGUUGUGACGUUAGAUGUAGAGCUUUUUUAUUUGUAAACCCAGCUGCAGGACAACAAACUAUUUAAAUUUGAAGCUAGAUACAUUUAAAUAAUUGCAUAUUGACAUUUCUACUAUCUACCUAGAAAGUUGUAGCUAACUGUUUCUUCAUUACACACCCUGAAGUCACCAUUGAUCAUCCAUUCGUAGCGUUGUGAACAAACUGAAGGGUUUUGGUCCGAUAUUUAUUCUACUAAAGCUGUGUUGAUCUUUACCAACCCCUGAGGAAUAUAUCUGGCUCUUUAGCCAUUAGACACUUCCAAAAUGUCCCACAGCUAUUUGCUAAAGGUGUCCGUCUUCUGUUUGACACUCGCGGGUAGUUUACCGUUUAUUUAAAGUAAUUUUGGCAUAUCACAGCUGCCUCUUUUGACUUAAAACAAGGUCGAUAAGAGCGGAGUUUGUCGGCCAGAAAACCAAAACAAUCAGCUGAAAGACGCUAAAAUGCUCGCUAUUGCUUCAGGUAAGGUAAUAAUUAAUAUUGAUCAUUGCAGCUUUAAGAUGUCUUGAAACCUUGAUUGCUGUGAUAUCUCGGUUUAUAAGUAGUUCUGAUUUCUUGCGAAGUAGUGCGCUUAGUUGACUCAGUGAGGGUCAUGCUUUGUAGCUUUAAACCUGCAAUACUUGAAUCUAAUUAUUUAUAUUUUCAAAAUAUACUCGAACAUCAGCAAAUUGCUUAAUAUAUUUUCUAUAUAUAUAUCAAAAGCCAAGCAAUUGGAAGUUAGUAUGAACUGUAUUGCGCAAAACAAGCCAGAUGCUUUGAUGCUGCACCUCAAUGCGAGUCUUUAAGAACUUGGUGUGCCUUUUUGUUAUUUUCCUUUUAUAACGUAGGCCUUCUUCUUGUUUUGUCACAAGCCCCAUUUCCCUGCUGCGCCCCGACUCAGCGUACAGGAAGUUGCUGUCUAUGUCUCAGCCUUUAUUUGGCAUCCCAGCUGAAUGAUAAGUGUUGAAGAUGUCUUAAAAUGUUUCAGCCUUAAGGAGAAAGGUGGCCUCAGAGAAUCAUUUGUAAACUAUUUGAGAGUAAAUUCUUUGUAGAAAAAUAAAGAUUUUAAUAGUUUUUGUGCUUUUGCAUUGCUUAAUAUGUAUAUAUUUUUUUUUG